AUGGGCUCCAAAGUGCUGGAUGACGAGGCAUGCCAGGCAGUGUUGAACUUCGUCACGGAAGGCAAAUAUCCCGAAUCAGAGGAUGUGGUUGCAUCGGAAAUUCCUGCGUCGGCACUCGCAGCGGAAUUGCAGUUGUUGUCCGCAGCUAGGGAGGAAGUAGAGCAAGAAAUAAGCUCACUGAGUCGAGAGAAUAUAUUCAACGCCGAGGGAUGGAUUUCGCAAGCGCGACAGCUCCAUGCGGAUAUCGAACGGUCAAGAGUGACAGCACGGGAGAUUGUCGCCCAACAUGAGAAGACCAAACCGCUUGAGUCGAUGGUUGAGGAUGCAGCGGCUAAAGUGCGACUUAUUGAAACGGAGAUUUCUUUCAACCAGGCUGUUACCAGCACACUCGAGGAGGUUCAGAGGCUCGUACAACAGCUGGACGCAGCGCGCGCAGUUUUGAACGAAGGGCAAAUCAUCGCCUCUAUUGAUAUUCUGGAAGGCGCAGAGAAGACUGUGAAGUUUGAUAUCUCCGGGUUGAAUACAAAUAUGAAGGCGAUUUUAUCCGAGAAUGUUGUUGGGCUGCGUCAGGAGAUUGUCGAGUCUCUCCGUCUUCGAUGGGCUAACCAGCUCAAGAUUGACGAAGAAAACGGCAAAUUCGCAGUUCUACAGAAAGAUACCGGUUUGGAGGACACGAUUCUGGCUAUGUCACGGCUUGAUAUUCUCACGCCUGCCAUUGAUCGGUUCCAAAAGGACCUAGUGACCGCAAUUAUCGAUCCCAUAAUACCAUCCAAUUCCGAGGGCUACAGUCGGGUGAUCCAUGUCAGUGGUGAUGGGAUUUAUUUGGACUCAGAGCCUUCGAGAAUGACGGUGUCUGACUUGUUGGGUGGCGUAUCUAACUUGCUGGGAUGCCUUCGCCAAUCACUCCCUGAAAUAGUUGCUAACCCUCUAUCGGACUAUUUUGUUCCAAAUCUCUUAUCGAAGAUCAUCUCCUGGUUGUCCUCCACCAUACCAACCGACCUUGAUGGCCUUGAUGAGUUUGAGAAGACCCUAGAACAUGCCCAGAAGUUCACCAACCUAGUUGAAUCACUGGGUUGGCGGGGACAAGACGAGAUUGGAGCUUGGAUAAACCAGGCUCCCCGACUUUGGCUCACCAGACGACGGGUUGAUUCACUGGAUAGGGUUCGCAAAGUUCUCGCCGCUAGCAAAGGCACAACAAAGCAUGUCGAAAGAGUGGAGAAGGAAAAGGUUGCUCAGGCUGAAGAAGUCCUGCUGGAGGCGCCUUCUACUGAUGACUGGGAUGCGAGCUGGGACGAUGUAAAUGAUGGUGCCAACGCACAAGAAAAAACUUCCAUACCUGGGGUCGAAGAGGAAGAGGACGUUAGUGCAUGGGGUCUCGAUGAUGAAGAGACCGUUGAGGAAAAGGAAGGUGUGAAAGAGGAUGUGCUGGAGCCUGCGGAGGAGGAUGAUGACGAUGGUGCCGACGCCUGGGGCUGGGGAGACGAAGAUGAAGAAAAGCAGGACGAUAAAGUCCAGUCCUCUACAACGCCGGUAAAAGUUUCUGCCAAUGGAAAAGUCUCGGUUCAACAAUCCUCUCCGAGGGAAGUGAUUCUGAAGGAGACAUACACUGUGACAGAUAUACCGGAAUCGAUCUUGCAAAUUGUUCAGCAGCAGAUCGUCGACUCGGAAGCUCUGACACAGCAUACCCAUUCCAACUCUCGCGUUGCAGCAUCUGGAGCCGGUCUUCUUGCCUUGCCAACGCUAAUUCUUGCCAUGUUCAAGGCCACCGCCUCUUCGUUCUACGCGCUCAAGCUAAACUCUGGCCAAAUGUACCUUUAUAAUGACAGUCUAUACCUAGCUGAUCAGAUGAAAGGUCUGGCGGAGGAACGCCAGCUCACAAGACUCAACGCUGACAUCGAAUCACUGGAGAAAUAUGGCAAGCUAGCAUACAGUAAAGAGAUGCAAACCCAGCGCACCGUUGCGGCCGACCUACUCGAUGGUGCCCAAGGGUUCAACCACUGCUCAGAACAGCCGUUCCUUGGAGAAUGCGAGAAUGCUAUCGCGGCCACAGUCGACCGAAUUCGGGACGUCUACAAGGAAUGGCAACCCAUUCUCUCUCAUUCCGCCCUUCUCCAGUCAAUCGGAUCACUCCUUUCGACGGUGAUCAAUAAGAUUAUCAUUGAUAUCGAAGAUAUUGGAGAUAUCUCGGAACCUCAAUCGCAACGACUUGUCCAAUUUUGCAACCAAGUUUCAAAGUUGGAAGAUCUAUUCGCGCCAGACAAGGCAAGUGGCGUCGAAGCUGUGCCAAUGACAGCUGUCUACGUUCGCAACUGGCUGAAGUUUCAAUAUCUCAUCAACAUCCUCGAGAGCUCGCUUGCAGACAUCAAAUUUCUCUGGUUGGAAGGUGAGCUCAGCUUGGAGUUCUCGCCCGACGAGGUCGUCGAUUUGAUCAAAGCAUUAUUUGCCGAAUCCGACCAUCGGCGAAGAGCAAUCGCAGAGAUCCGAAGGAACUCAAGGGUAUAG